AUGGACGGCACAACCCCGACGCCUCCUAACGAGGUUUCUCCUCGGGGACAAGGAAAUCCGAAUCCUGCGGCUCAAGACUUGACGCCCACGCCGGUGUCGCCUGCAACGCGGCAGCGGUUGUUGGCCGCUGGGUAUACGAACCCGUACCAAUAUGCCACCUAUAGUCUUGCUCCGUCGGUCCUUUCGAAGGAGCUGAACGUGACUUUCCAGGGUCGCCGCGAGUGCUCAGGUCGGCAAAUGCUGUUCUGGAAGGGCACGUAUCCUCCUGGUUCUCGACGACAUGCCACGCAACAGCUCGUUGCGAACGCACAGCAAGGACACAACAGACCUGACCGGCCAAACCCUGCGCCGGCUCAGCCACGGGUCAAGCUCCCAGGGCAGAGUCUUCUCCAUCAGCGACCCAAGGAUCAAAUGAAGCACCAUAUUGUGAUUGCAGAGGAGGAGCGCCAGGAGAGGAAGAGGGUCAAAUAUGAUGAGAAGCGCCAGAACAAGAAGGUUAUCCAGCAGCAGCAGCAGCAGCAGCAGCAGCAGCCUCAGCAGUCUCAGCAGUCUCAGCACCAGCCAGAAGAGCACCCAGAGCAGCAGAUGCAGCCAGAGCAGCAGAUGCAACCAGAACAGCAGAUGCAACCAGAACAGCAGAUGCAACCAGAACAGCAGCCCGAGUUGCUCCUCGAAGACUACGAGAGCUCCCUGGAUUGGUUCUCACAGAGUCUCCAGCAGGGAACCGACGCCAUAAGGCCAGAAGAGAUCAACCGCUUGUUCGACGCAAUGGAAGAAUCCGACUACACGCAGAGAGAGCAAGAAAUACAGGCUUUCAACCAGUGUAUGGUGCCAAGUAAUCUGCAUUCCACCGUUAAUGCUCCGGAAUCAUGGGUUCCUCGACCGGAAAUGACCUUUGAUUGGGUUUUUGACGAACAAAUGGCGGAAGACGGCGUUGAACAUGGCCAGUAUACUUCCUUAUUGCGUGAGAAUGGGCAUCCGAUGGGCAGUCGUGACUAG